UUUGUCGCCGCCUCGCUGUCUUGUCGUCGCGACCGCCUGUGCUCACUCUCGUCGCNNCAGUUCCUUCGCGAGUACAAGCUCGUAGUAGUCGGUGGUGGUGGUGUCGGAAAGUCGUGUUUGACCAUUCAACUCAUCCAAAGUCACUUCGUCGAUGAAUACGACCCGACAAUCGAAGGUUCGUCCCUAUCGCCGCUAUCCGCGCUCACCCUCUCUGUUCUGACCACACCUUCUCCACACANNGAUUCAUACCGCAAGCAGUGCGUCAUUGACGAUGAGGUCGCCCUUCUCGAUGUACUCGAUACAGCAGGACAAGAGGAAUACUCGGCAAUGAGAGAACAGUACAUGCGCACCGGCGAAGGCUUCCUACUGGUCUACUCCAUCACCUCGCAACAAUCCUUCGAAGAGAUCAAGACUUUCCAACAACAAAUAUUGCGCGUCAAGGACAAGGACUAUUUCCCCAUGAUCGUCGUCGGAAACAAGUGCGAUCUGGACGGAGAGAGAGAAGUGUCGGUCGAAGGUGCGUCUACCCCUCUCCUCUUGUGUUCGUUUGUUCUGGCCGGCAAGGAACUCGCUCGCAGCUUCGGGUGCAAGUUCAUCGAGACAUCGGCCAAAUCCCGCAUCAAUGUUGAGAAUGCUUUCUACGACAUCGUCCGCGAAAUCCGCAAAUACAACCGCGACAUUACUGGCGGCGCACCAGGCGCAAGAGCAAAUGGCGGUCCUGCCGAGAAGAUGAACAUGGACGAGGGCGACUCAGAUGGUGGCUGCUGCAAGUGCACCGUCAUG